AUGGCUCAUAGGGAUAGGAUAAGUAACUUGCCUGAGGAAUUGCUCCUGAAAAUAUUGUCGUCACUGCCCGCGAAAGAUGUAGCAGUCACAAUGGUUUUGUCAAAACGAUGGAAGUUUCUAUGGACGUUGGUGCCAAGACUUGAAUACGACCACUCCAUGUAUCAAGACGACGUUGAUGGCAGUAGUAGAUUCUCGCGGUUUGUUCACAGUUCUCUGCUGCUACACGAGGCUCCCUUUCUAGAGAGUUUGCGUCUCAAACUCGAUCAUUACUCUUGUGCUGCAGAUAUCGGAGUAUGGGUUAAAACCGCUGUGAAACGCUCUGUUCGUGAGUUGGAUAUCGAGAUUAAUAGUCCUUCCUUGUCCACUCCGGUCUUACUUCCAUGGAGCUUGUAUAGCGAGGGAUGUAAAAGGCUUGUGACACUGAAACUAAGUCACACGACUCUUGUGGAUACUUCUUCUUCCUCGCCAGCUUCUUUCACAUCCCUGAAAAAGCUGAGCCUUGUUCACAUGAAGUACCCUAGCGAGGAUUUUGUUUUGAAUUUCUUAUCCAGUUGUCCUGUUCUUGAGGACUUGGUUGUGGAACGAUGUCAUGAUGACAAUGUGGUUGUUAUCCCUGUGAUCGUACCGUCUCUGAGGAGGUUAUCGUUGUCUAGAGCAACAGACAGAGAUGAUGAAGACAAAAGAUCUGCGUUUGUGGUAGACGCUCCUUUGUUAGAGAGCUUGGACAUUGCUGAUCAUAACGACAGUGGGUGUUGUUACAUUCGAGAAAACAUGCCUGAGCUUGUGUCUGCGUGUCUCGACAUUAAUUAUAUGAUCUUUCUUUGGACAUUUUUGGGUUGUAUAACCUCAGUGAAGCGUCUCUAUCUAUGUUCAUCAACCAUAAAGAAUGCUUACCCUGAGGGCAGUGUCUUCCACCGUCUUGUACAUCUAACGCUAUGCACAUGUGGGAGGAAGUGGUUGAAAUUUCUUUCGCGUCUGCUUAGAGAUUCUCCUAAAUUACAAGUUCUCAGAUUUGAACAGUGCCAUGAGCUUCCAGAUGACGAGCCGCGUCCGUGUUGGAAUGAACCGAGCUCAGUUCCUGAAUGUGUGGUGUCGAGUCUUGAAACUCUGGAAUGGGUAAAAUAUGAAGGAACAGAAGAAGAGAAAGGAGUAGUGGCAUUCAUCUUGAGAAGCGCAAGAUGUUUAAAGAAGGCAACAAUCUCAUCUAAAUCUACGGAUCCCGUCAAGAAACUUGAGAUGCUCAAAGAAUUGACAUUUUUGUCAAGGAUAAGUCUGUUGCCUGAUGAGCUGCUCUUGAGAAUAUUGUCUUUACUGCCUAAUACGAAAGAUGUUGUGGCCACUAUGGUUUUGUCUAAACGAUGGCAGCCUCUUUGGAAGUUAAUGCCAAAACUUGUCUACGACGACUAUAGCUAUCAAAACAUUGAGUAUGGAAAGUUUUCGCUUUGUGGACAGGUCGUUGAUUCUGCACGAGGCACCAGUAGACACUUUGCAUUUCAAACUUGUUCAAAACUCAGUGCUGCUGAUGUUGGUAUAUGGAUUGCAAUUGCGGUUAAACGCUGCAGAGUGACUCUUGUGGAUGUUUCUUCCUUGCCUUCUUUCCCGACCCUAAAAGCAUUGGACCUUGUAUAUGUGAAGUACCCUGGUGAUGAAUUUAUCAAGAGGCUUUUAUCCAGUUGUCAUGUUCUUCAACAUCUGUUUGUGGGACGAUGUGACAAUGACAAUGUCACCGUUUUUACCGUUAGAGUGUCUUCUCUGAAGACUCUCAUAUUAGGUAGAUUAUCACGCAAAGUGAAAGACGGUGCACAUGGUUUCGUGAUAGAUGCUCCUCUUUUGAAGAUCUUUCUCAUUCAUGAUGAUAUGAGUGGGUUUUGUGUCAUUGAGAAUGAUAUGCCUAAAAUUGUCAAGGCCGGUUUUAGUGUCACUUAUAGUCAGCCGGGGAAGAUUAUGAGUUGUAUUACUUCAGUCAACGUCUCACUUUAUGUUUACCAACUUCAAAGGAGGUGUAUCCUGUUGUGCAUGAUCAAUAAACUUCCGGCUGCCGAGCCACGUCCUUGUUGGAAAGAACCAAGUUCGGUCCCUGGGUGUUUGUUAUCGAGUCUUGAAACUCUGAUAUGGGCAAACUAUGAAGGAAGAGAAGAAGAGAAACAAGUGGCAGCAUUCAUCUUAAGAAGUGCAAGUUUUUUAAAGAAGGCGACUAUCUCCUCCAAAGCAACCGACCCUUACGAGAAAUUAGAGAUGAUCAAGGAAUUGUCAUCCUCACCGAGGCGCUCACCUACAUGUCAACUCAUAUUUUAUUGA